AAUCCAACCACGGCAAGAACAAGGCCUAAUCUAUUUUUGGCCCUUCACUUCCCUUUACUUGACUUUACCUUGCUCUACUUUACUUUCACUCCUUGAAUGUACCUGGACCUAGCCGGUUUGUCUUUGACGCUGCACGACGCCGUCACCCAGCAUUCAAUUUUCGUACCAUCCCAAACCCCAGCCAUCGUCGCACGCGCCGCACGGCACCGCUGUCCGCUGUGGAAUCUGACUUCUCGACUCUGGAAUCCCAUCCCCUCCGCCGCCCGAUGCUCAGGUCCGACGUGGGACAGCGCCCAACCAUCGUCCUACCGUAACCGCUCCUCACGACUGUUCUCGCUCAUCCCCGACAUUUAAAUCUCGUUGCAUACGGACAAUCUUGAGCCUCAUUGUCUGGCAUCGCCAAGGGCCCAAACUCCGUCUCCAAGAUGGGCCCAGAUUACGGAGGCGGUCUGGGAGGAGGCGACCAUGCACACACUCAUACCCAUGACGGAGCCUACCAACUCGACCGCGAGCGACCAAAUAUGACCCCGAGCCCGUCGUAUCAGAAUGGUGCUUUCCAGCCCCCUUCGCGUCCUCCCCCGAGGGAAGCCUCGCCCGCCCUGAGCUCCACCAGCACCACCGACCUCCGCAAGAGUGCCGAGCGGAACCGAUCAAGAGGACGCGGCCGAACCGCCAGUGGCCAGCUGCGUAUCUGCCACAAGUGCGGCGAGCCUUUGACAGGACAAUUCGUGCGCGCUCUGGACGGCACCUUCCACCUCGACUGCUUCAAGUGUCGCGAUUGUGGUACCAUAGUAGCUUCCAAAUUCUUCCCGGCAGAAGACGAAGAGGGCGGCGGCCAGUACCCAUUGUGCGAAACUGAUUACUUCCGGCGGCUGGGUCUGCUCUGCUACCAAUGCGGAGGUGCACUGCGAGGUUCAUAUAUCACAGCUCUCGAUCGGAAAUAUCACGUGGACCACUUUACGUGCUCGCUGUGCGAGACUGUCUUCGGUGCUCAGGAUAGCUACUAUGAGCACGACAGCAACGUCUACUGCCGCUACCACUACUCGACUCAGUUUGCGCAGCGGUGCAAUGGCUGCCAUACCGCCAUCCUCAAGCAAUUCGUCGAAAUCUUUCGCAACGGCCAGAAUCAACACUGGCAUCCCGAGUGUUACAUGAUCCAUAAGUUCUGGAAUGUACGCCUUACACCAGCCGAUGAGAUCCAGACGCAUCCCGAGGAGCUGGAUGAAGAGGGGCGUAAUCUAGUCAAGACAGAAGAGGAGAAGAUGGAGGAGAAGGUUUACCGCAUCUGGAGCGUUCUCUCCGCAUUCGAGGAGUCUUCUGCCGCGUGCAUCUCGGAUAUGCUGCUCCACGUGAGCAACGGCGCCUUCAUCGAUGGAAUCCUGACUGCCAAGAAGUUCAUCCUCCACGUCGACGUAUUGUUCCAAGGUGCAGACAAGCUGGAUGCAUCCAUGAAGGACAUCGAGUUGAAAGGUCUAUCAUAUAGUCGCGAGGCAAAGCUCCUCUGCAAGAAGAUCGUUUCUUUCUUUUCUCUUUUAUCCAAGACACAGGAAGGCGGUGUCCGACAACUGGGAGUUACCCAAGAGCUGCUUUCUUUGGUAACCGGUCUUGCUCAUUACUUGAAACUCCUAAUCAGAAUCUGCUUGCAGGGCGCUCUCAAGAUCGAGAGGGAGCACAACACACAGGUCGAGUUAUACCAGUUCCUGGAUGAUCUGAGUGUGAUUGAAACCACUAAGAAUGAAGACAACACGCUGCAGAUCAGCGUCGGCAUGGCUACCCUUUCUGCCAACGAUUCAGAUCACUGCACUGCGUGCCGGAAGCCUAUCGAAAGCGAAUGCGCUUUGAACGGCGACAAAAGGUGGCACCCGGCUUGUGUCAACUGUGUAGAGUGUGGGCAAGAGUUGGGUCAAAGCCUCGAAACUGCGCAAUUGCAGAGGGACUUGCGUAUAUUCUGCACGUCAUGCACACGACAGCUUGGUGGUGAAAUGAGCGGGCCCUUCGAGCGUAUCUCAAGACUUCAGCAAUACAUCUUCUUGCUCAAAGUAGCGCUCGCUAGGCUUUUGGGGCAGCUUAGGAAGAGCGGCGCCAUUCCACCCGCCAACGAUGACGACUCACGUAGCGGAAACAACUUGUCGGUUGACCGGGGCGCACCGAUGUUGUCGACGGAAUCUCGAUCCAAGUCCUACGCAGGAGAGCAAACAGAACGACAUCAGAGAGAGUCGUCUUAUGAGAGCACUCUCAACGACGUGCGCAGACUGAGAAGUACUCGCCUUGACAAGCAUCUUUCCUCGAGUCUGAGGAAAGCGCGGUCGUCUCGAAUUAUGGACGGUCCUGGCAUUGAGAAUGCUGGCUACAAAGAUCGGGAAAUGCAAAUCGAUGAGGAUCAAGAGCCCGGCUUGGGUGGAGAUACAGCGCAGUACUUCGGACACCAGGAUGCUUUGACUCUGGACGACAUUCCACGCAUUGUUGCUGCAGAGCAAGCCAAGGAGAAACAGCCCACUGCAUAUGACAGAAACUCCCGACAAGGACUGUUCCGCGCGCCGACUACGCAUCCAUCACUUGGGUCAGGCCACCAGAGAUCUCAGUCUGAUGGCAGAGGAGAGGGGUUGAGAAUGAAUCCAGAGCCUUCUCCACAAAGGGUCGGGCGCAGGUAUUUCUCGGAACUGUCUGCUCUGGAAUAUUUCAUUGUGCGCCACGUUGCCGUGCUCACAAUGCAACCCAUGCUCGAUCCCGAGUUCUCACUUGAUGAGCUGCUGUCACUAAUCGAAGCCAGGAAACAGCCCAACUUCUGGAACAAGUUCGGCAAGGCUUUUGCUGGCAAGGACAACCGCAAAAACAUAAAGAAGAAGGGCGUGUUUGGUGUGCCUCUCGAGCUCAUCAUUGAAAGAGAUGGAGCCGACUCCACAGACGGAGUCGGGCCUGGUGCUCUUCGUAUACCCGCCAUCAUCGAGGACACGAUCACGGCGCUGAAGAACAAGGAUCUGUCGGUUGAAGGUGUUUUUCGGAAGAAUGGAAAUAUUAAGAGGUUAACAGAGCAGGUCAACGCAGUUGACAGAGAUGGCUGCGACGCUAUCCGGUGGAACGAUGAAUCGCCUCAUCAGCUCGCUGCUCUGUUGAAGCGAUACCUGCGAGAAUUGCCUGAACCUCUCAUGACUCAGAAGCUAUACCGUCUCUGGAUUGCCGCCACCAAGAUUCGAGAGGAUGAGAAGAGACGGCAUUGCUUGCAUCUAGCAUGCUGCCUGCUUCCCAAGACUGAGAGAGAUACGCUGGAAGUUUUAUUCAGUUUCUUGAAAUGGGUCGCAACCUUCCACCAAGUCGAUGAAGAUACUGGAUCAAGGAUGGAUGUGCACAAUCUCGCCCGUGUCAUGGCACCCAAUAUCCUUUAUUGUGGCCAGACCAGUCCCAGCUUCUCAGAUGAGCCAAUGACUGCUGUUGCUUGUGUUGAAGAGUUGAUCCAAUGGAACGAAGAGAUGUGCAUGGUAAGUGAUUAUUGAUUCCUUGAAACUUUUUUGAAAGAAGCCCCCACUCUACUAUUUUUGGUUUCCUUUCAAUAGUCGGCGAUGGCUUGAUUGUCA